UUGUUUACCGCUGCACAUUUCGGCAGAGCCACACCACGCUCCCACGACCCGUUCCAUAUUGAAACAUUGAACGUGCAGAACCGUGCGAAGCCGGUACGCAAAACCUACGAAACGCUGCGAAAUUUCAAUAACAAGGUUAAAUCAGGUGCGAAUAUGUCGUCUCCAGGCAAAACCGAGUGUGAGCUGAAGGCAGGACAUCCACCAGCAGUGAAAGCUGGUGGUAUGAGAAUUACACAGCACAAGAACCAUCGUGAGCCAUCCGGUCUCGGUGAAGAAACCACUACGUUGAAGGUGUCCGCAAGUCCACCGAAAACCACUGUGAUUUCGGGCGCUCCUAUCAAAGGCAACGCCGAUUUUCCAUCGGAGGCUGUGCAGAGCUUCCACAAGGAGAAGCCGCCAGUGAAUGUGUGCAUGAAGCCACAGGUGAACAUCCAACAACCCAGGAAGUAGUCAGGGAAUAACCAUUUACACUCUAUUCAAGCAACAAACUACAACUUACAAUAUACAUACUUAAAACUACAAAGCAAAGUAAUGAUAAGCAUUUAAAUACUAGGAAUAUUUACAGAUUUAUUAAUGGACAGGUCAUUUUUACAAGUCAGAGGUACAUUCGAUACUAUUAAGUAUAAAAGUUUCUUUUGUUAUUUUUCUUAAUGUCUAUUUUCUAAGUGAUAAUUGCAUAGAUUCUUUGUUAUCGGUGGAGUAUAUAGUCUAAAAUUGAUUCAAUUUUUAUUAUACUUCACUUAUAUAAGCGGAAAUAUGAAUGAGAAUAUUUUGAAUAUGCAUAUUAUAUUAUUGGGAAUUUAAAGUCAAGGCGCAAGUCGUUUUUGUGAAGCGUUUGCAUCUGGUGAAAGGGUAAAGUUAAUUAAUGAGUAAUUAUUUACAUGUUUAUAAAUAGUUUAUUGCAUAUUGAAUAUACAAUCUACUAUGAAAGACGA